GUGAGCUUUGCGCGCGCUUCAGCCUUCGGACUCUGUUCGCCAUAUCCUGCCAGGCGGUAAGCCAUCUUUGCGCGUGUUCGCAGUUCGUUUGCAGCGAUGGAAGACGGGAUCAGGGAUGCGGCAGGGGCGCGAAGGCUGACACCUAGGGAGAGGUCGCUGUUAGGAACGACCUUGCUUGCAGUUUCUCGGCACAUGAAGACGGUGAACGACCUGCGGCGGGCCAGUGGACGAAACCGUGGUAGACGGGAGGCCGCCAUAGCCCAGGCUUUGAUGGACGUGCACUCCUCGCGAGGUCUGUGGGAUGCGCCGUUCAUGUUGUCGAAUGCCAUCAUGGCGGGUGUGAUGCCGAGGGAGACGUCGAGGUGCGGCACGUCGUUGUUCGGCAUAGGGAGGUCUUCAUGCAUCAAGGCCGUCGACGAUGUUACAACUGCCAUCUUAACCGCGUAUCCGGAGAAGAUCACAAUUCCAUCGGGUCGUCGUCUCCUACAGGUCCUCCGAGUGUUCAGCGAGAAAGGUUUCCCGAAUUGCUUCGGCGCCAUUGACUGCACCCACAUUUAUGUGGACAAGCCAGCUAACGCGCCGUCCGAAAACUACUUUGAUCGGAAGCAGCAAUUCUUGGUCGUGGCGCAGGUUGUCGUCGACCACGACAUGCGGAUAAUCGAUGUCUUCGUCGAUUAUCCUGGGUGCGUCCACGACCAGCGCGUGCUGCGGAACUCAUCACUCAUCAGGCGAGCAGAAUCGGGCGAGAUCUUCAAUGCGGACCCCAUCGUCCUCCCGGGAGGGGUGAGGACGACGGGGUACCUACUGGGAGACAAUGGUUACGCGCCGCGGACAUGGAUUGUCGUCCCGUACAGGGGCUCGGAGAAGGCGGGUGACGUGGCAUGGUUUGACACGCGUCAGAAGACUACGAGAGGGGUCGUGGAGAGAGCGUUUGGACGGCUGAAGGGGAUGUGGAGGUUAUUCCUUUGUCAUCACAAGACGAAUAUGAAUAACCUCCCGCAGCAAUUUGUUGUUGUGUGCAUCAUCCACAACCUCCUGCUCGAGGUCGGGGUUGCAUUCGACAAGGGUUUGCUGCUAGAGCGCGACCGGGACGGGAACCCCAUCCCCAUCGAUCUGGGUUUGCAGGAUUUGUCGCGGCCCGUUUCCUAGGAAAAUGCCACGGAGGCUGCCCUCGCUCUGCGUGAUGGUCUACGCAUGCACAUGGCG